AUGGAUGCCGGUGUGACUGAAAGUGGACUAAAUGUGACUCUCACCAUUCGGCUGCUGAUGCACGGAAAGGAAGUGGGCAGCAUCAUCGGGAAGAAAGGGGAGUCGGUUAAGAGGAUCCGCGAGGAGAGUGGCGCGCGGAUCAACAUCUCGGAGGGGAAUUGCCCGGAGAGAAUCAUCACUCUGACCGGGCCCACCAAUGCCAUCUUUAAGGCCUUCGCUAUGAUCAUCGAUAAGCUGGAGGAAGAUAUCAACAGCUCCAUGACCAACAGCACGGCGGCCAGCAGGCCCCCGGUCACCCUGCGGCUCGUGGUGCCGGCCACCCAGUGCGGCUCCCUGAUCGGGAAAGGCGGCUGCAAGAUCAAAGAGAUCCGCGAGAGCACCGGGGCCCAAGUCCAGGUGGCGGGCGAUAUGCUGCCCAACUCCACCGAGCGGGCCAUCACCAUUGCUGGCGUGCCGCAGUCUGUCACCGAGUGUGUCAAGCAGAUCUGCCUGGUCAUGCUGGAGACGCUCUCCCAGUCUCCGCAAGGAAGAGUCAUGACCAUUCCGUACCAGCCCAUGCCGGCCAGCUCUCCGGUCAUCUGCGCGGGCGGCCAAGAUCGGUGCAGCGACGCUGCGGGCUACCCCCACGCCACCCACGACCUGGAGGGACCACCGCUAGACGCCUACUCGAUUCAAGGACAACACACCAUUUCUCCGCUCGAUCUGGCCAAGCUGAACCAGGUGGCAAGACAACAGUCCCACUUUGCCAUGAUGCACGGCGGGACCGGAUUCGCCGGAAUUGACUCCAGCUCUCCGGAGGUGAAAGGCUAUUGGGCAAGUUUGGAUGCAUCUACUCAAACCACCCAUGAACUCACCAUUCCAAAUAACUUAAUUGGCUGCAUCAUCGGGCGCCAGGGCGCCAACAUCAAUGAGAUCCGCCAGAUGUCCGGGGCCCAGAUCAAAAUUGCCAACCCGGUGGAAGGCUCUUCUGGUAGGCAGGUUACUAUCACUGGUUCUGCUGCCAGUAUUAGUCUGGCCCAAUAUCUAAUCAAUGCCAGGCUUUCCUCUGAGAAGGGCAUGGGGUGCAGCUAG